AUGUUAGAAUCCUCGCUCAUGAACUUCUUAUCCGAACUGAAACUUGAGCUGCGAGAGUCCGCAGUGCAGUUGUCUAGGCUCAAACUGUAUAAUUCUUCCAAAUGGUCCGCUGAGGCACUAUGUGGAAUGUGCGAGAUACCUUCUGUACCAGUUAUGAAGACUUUUAUGAAGAACGACGACUCGCCCUUGAGAAAUAGGAGCAACAUUCAAUUCGAGCAACAAGAGUCUCCUCAAAAGCAUCUAUCAGGAAUGGAGAGUUCAGAAUACGAUUUGUAUCUCCUUGCGUCCACGUUGUUUGAAUGCAAGGAAUACGACAGGUGUGCUUACUAUUUGGCAGACUCAAAACAUCCCGAGCUUAAGUUUCUGAAACUCUACAGCAAGUAUUUAUCGUGGGAUAAGAAAACUCAGGAAAAUAUGGAGAGCUCACUGGCACCGCGGAGCUCCAAACAAAAUACUGGUUUCAGGGAAAACGCUGAGAUUGCCAACAGAGAAAUCAUGAACAGGCUUCACAGCCACGAAUCUGGAAAUUCAAAUGCUCUCAAGAAGUCUCAGAAAAGCGUGGAUUUAGAUAAUGGAGAAUCAACGAGCAUACCAAUGAUUUUAAAAGAACUCAACAAUUAUCUGCUCUUGGAAGGCGAAAAACCUACAUUUGGAAUAUCGCUUUUGCAUUAUCUUCGAGGAGUUUUGUACAAAAUUCAAGACAUUCCAUCGAAUGCAAUAAGUUCUUUCCUGAGCUCUUUAACUCUAUUUCCUUUCAAUUGGGUAUGUUGGACCGAGCUUUUAAGCUGCAUUUCUCGAACGGACGAAUCUGUACUUCUUUUGAAGAUUUUAAGUGAGAAAUUUACUGAUGAAAAGACUCAAGUAAUGCUAAAAUUCUUCAAGCUGUCGAUAUUUCAAGAAUUCAGCGGAAAUAUUGAUGACUUUAUUCAGGAGCUUGAUUACUUGCUAUCCAUUUUCCCAAAUUUUGCAUUUUUGAAAACCCAGCAUGCUCUUAUUAACUAUCACUACAUGGACUAUGUAAGUGCCGGCUUAAUUUUUGAACAAAUUAUCAAACUUGACCCCUAUCGACUUGAAGACAUGGAUACUUACUCCAACAUACUUUACGUGAUGCAGAAACCUUCUAAGUUGGCUUACCUAGCUCAAUUUGCCUCAGGAGUUGACAGAUUUCGUGCUGAAACCUGUUGUAUUAUUGCAAAUUACUAUAGCGCAAAACAAGAGCAUGAAAAAUCGAUAUUGUACUUUCGACGUGCUCUUACACUGAAUAAAAAUUGUACAAGCGCAUGGACGCUAAUGGGGCAUGAGUUCGUGGAGCUCAAGAACUCGCAUGCCGCUAUCGAAUGUUAUCGUAGGGCAGUUGAUAUAAAUCCACGCGAUUUUAAAGCCUGGUAUGGACUGGGUCAAGCUUACGAGGUACUCGAUAUGCACUUGUACUCUUUAUAUUACUUUCAAAAGUCAUGCGCUCUAAAACCUUUAGAUAAACGAAUGUGGCAGGCUUUAGCCAGUUGUUAUGAAAAGGUUGAUAACUUGGAGGAAUCUAUUAAAUGUUAUACGCGUGCCCUUCAGCUGUCACUCGACAGCGACAUCGACACAACUAUUUUAUUCCGACUUGCGGUACUGUAUGAGAAACAGAAGGACAUAAUAAGCUGUAAAGAGUAUAUGCUGAGAUGUGUUGAGGCUCAACAUAGCACAGACGGUUUUAUCAAUGAUGAAACUACCAAGGCAAGUCUUUGGCUAGCAAGAUAUGAGGCCAGGUACAAGAAUUUUUCGGAGGCUUAUAAACAUGCUUUACGGGUUACCCAUGGAAGCUCCCAAGAAAUAGAAGAGGCUCGUGCAAUAGUGCGCGAGUGUAGAAAGAGAAUGGACUAA